CUGCGAUUGUGUGGGAGGCUUCGGUUUAAGUUGGAGAUCAUUAUUGGAUUAUACCUGAUCUGACCGUCAUCUUUCAGACGUCGACUACAGUGUCUACAGCCUCUCAGUGGCCUGCUACUAACUACGUUUUGUCACGUUUGGCUUUAUUUGUUGUUUGGACCAGGUGCCCACUAGAUACCUUAUUCAGCAUCGGUUCAGCAGUGGUGCAUAGUUGGCCUGCCGCCUACUACAACAACAACAUCACCCUGCCAACCCUUGUCAUCCAUCCAUCGACUACACAUCUCAGCUUCACCUUCGGCUCGCCCUUCUCCCUCCCGCAAUGGCCAACGAUAAGGGGGAUCAUGGGACUUCGGCUGUGGCCAUCGCCGGCAACAAGAUUCCGUUCUGGCGUCUAUUAACCGACCAAGGUGUGGUCACUCAGGAAAUCGUCGACCAUCACUAUCCUGGAUCCGGUACCGAUGAAGAUCCUUAUGCAGUCACCUGGCUCCCCGAGGAUCCUCGAAACCCUCUGCAGUUCAGUGAAGCAAAGAAAUGGACUUUCACCAUGAUGAUGGCGCUCGCGACCUUGGCCGUCGCCCUCGUAUCCUCCGCGUAUACUGGUGGCAUUGUUGAGAUCGAAGAAGAGUUCGGAAUCGGUACUGAAGUGGCAACCCUUGGUGUUUCUCUUUUCGUCAUUGGUUUCGCUAUUGGACCGCUUCUGUGGGCACCGCUGUCGGAAAUGUUUGGCCGUCAAAUCGUGUAUUGCAUUACUUACAUGGCUCUCACGGCAUUCACCGCAGGCAGUGCUGGUUCCAAAAACGCCUGGACCCUCAUCAUCCUUCGUUUCUUCGCAGGUUCUUUCGGAUCUUCACCUCUGACCAAUGCUGGUGGUGUCAUCGCCGACAUGUUUUCUGCCAAGCAGAGAGGUGUUGCGACGAGUUUGUUCGCUGCCGCUCCAUUCUUGGGUCCUGUGCUGGGUCCGAUCAUUGGUGGCUUCUUGGGAAUGAACGCUGGAUGGAAAUGGGUGAUGGGGUUCCUCGGUGCCUUCACUGGUGUCGUGUGGAUUCUUGGAUCAUUGACCGUCCCCGAGACAUACGCACCCGUGCUUCUUCGUCGUCGCGCCGAGAAGUUGAGCAAGCUUACUGGCAAGGUGUACCGCAGCAAGAUUGAUAUUGACCAGGGCAAGACAACCCUCGGACAGGCUUUCAAGACUGCGUUGUCUCGCCCCUGGAUCCUGCUCUUCAAGGAGCCGAUCGUCUUUCUGCUUUCUCUUUACAUCGCCAUUGUUUACGGAACCCUCUACAUGCUGUUCGCUGCUUAUCCCAUCGUCUACGAAGAAUACCGUGGCUGGAACCAGGGAGUUGGCAGUCUCCCAUUCCUGGGCAUCAUGGUGGGCAUGCUCGGAGCUGUGGUUUACAACAUUAUCGACAACAAGCGAUACAUCCGUGUCCAGGAGAAGCACGGUGGCUUUGCGCCCCCAGAAGCUCGCUUGCCUCCGUGCCUUAUCGCCUCCGUCGCAGUUCCCGUUGGACUCUUCUGGUUUGCCUGGACAGACUACAGCUCUAUUCACUGGAUGGCCAGUGUGGCCGCUGGAGUGCCCUUCGGUUUUGGCCUGGUCUUGGUCUUCUUAAGCAAUUUGUCAUAUCUCAUUGAUACCUACACCAUCUUUGCAGCUUCAGUGCUGGCUGCCAACUCGGUUAUGCGUUCCAUUUUCGGUGCUGUCUUCCCACUUUUCACAACCUACAUGUACGACAAUCUGGGCAUUCACUGGGCCACCUGUAUCCCGGCUUUCUUGGCGCUUGCCUGUGUCCCAUUCCCCUUCAUGUUCUACAAGUACGGGCCAGCCAUUCGCAAGCGUUGCAAGUAUGCUGCCGAGUCCGACGCUUUCAUGCGGCAGAUGCUGGCGCAGUUUAUGACGAAGGCCUCGGUCUCGGAGGAGGCAUCUCAGCAGGAGACCAAGGAGGAGCAUCAAUUCGACCGCACAGAAGCCCCUGCUGCUGAGACACUCAGCGCUGAUUCCGACUCGAGCCACCAGGAGAGAACGGCCGAAUUGCACCGUACGCGCAGCAAGGCCUCGACUCAUACCGUCAAUUCCGUUCGCCAAUCACUCUACGAGGGCAACCCAUACGAUAUCGACCGUGUCCACACCCGUGAAUCUUUCAAGGCUUGAUUUGCUCAGCAAGGUCAAGUCCAAUGGCCGAAUGGCACCAGCUGCUCAAACUGGGCCCAACAAACCUCAAAAGCACAUAUUCACUUCUCGCCUACUACAUAAUCUUUAGUAACUAUUGCCUCCCCCAAAGAUGUUGAUGUGAGCCGAAUGGCCGCGUCGAGUGAAAUGAAACAAUCAGCCCUUUUGGGUCGUGAUUGUUUGAUGAUUUGCAUGUUGAUAUACCCAGUGCUUUUAUGUACAUGCCCGUUGCCUUUUUCCUUCCCCCUUUGUUUUUCCAUAGAGGAGAGAUUUCUGGUGUUUUCAGGCAUUUAUAUAGAGACUCUCCGAUCCUAAUAAUGAUAGUGAUAGAAUUUAUGUAUAAG